AUGGACACCAUCGCACAGGUUAUCCAUGACUGUGAGACAUGCGCUGCAAUCAAGCAAGCCAAGCGGAAAGUCUCCAGCGCAAGUCCAGCUGUUGAAGUGAGUCAAAGUAAAGAGGAAAAGAAAAAAGAGAAUGAAGCUGUGAACCGACAUCGAGAUGAUCUGCAGUGUGAGCCAAGCUUCAUAGAAGACAGACUGAAGCUUUACGAAGCACUGAAAAAGGAACAUGAUGCUUUGCUAGCUUACAGAGCCACCAACCAGAGCAAACCUAUCAAAAUUACUCUGACAGAUGGAAAGAUGGUUGAAGGGGAAUCUUGGAAAACCACGCCAUAUCAAUUAGCCACAGAAAUUAGUCAAGUGUUGUCUUCAAAUGCAGUCAUAGCCAAAGUGAAUAGUGAACUGUGGGACCUGGAUCGUCCGCUGGAGGGAGACUGUACUCUGGAGCUGCUUACGUUUGAUAGUGAGGAAGCAAAAGCUGUCUAUUGGCAUUCAAGUGCUCAUAUUCUUGGAGAGGCCAUGGAAGGUUAUUUUGGGGGCUGCUUAUGCUAUGGACCACCAAUUGAGAAUGGAUUUUAUUAUGACAUGUACAUUGAAGAUAGAGGUGUAUCUAGUACUGAAUUCCCACUACUAGAGAACAGCUGUAAAAAUAUCAUAAAAGAGAAGCAAGCUUUUGAAAGGCUGGAAGUCAAAAAGGAGAUCCUGUUAGACAUGUUUAAGUAUAACAGGUUUAAGUGUCGUAUCCUUAAUGAGAAGGUGAACACACCAACUACCACAAUAUACAGAUGUGGUCCGCUGAUUGAUCUCUGCAGGGGUCCACAUGUGAGACACACUGGGAAAAUUAAGGCCCUUAAAAUAUUUAAGAAUUCGUCUACAUAUUGGGAAGGAAAAUCUGACAUGGAAACUCUGCAGAGAAUAUAUGGCAUAUCCUUUCCUGAUAACAAAAUGAUGAAGGAAUGGGAAAAAUUCCAGGAAGAAGCCAGAAACCGGGACCACAGGAAAAUUGGAAAGGAGCAAGAACUCUUCUUCUUCCAUGAUUUGAGUCCUGGAAGCUGCUUUUUCCUCCCCAGAGGUGCCUUUCUUUACAACACGCUUGUGGAUUUCAUACGGGAAGAAUAUCACAGGCGUAAUUUUACUGAAGUUGUAUCUCCAAACAUCUACAACAGUAAACUCUGGGAAGCUUCAGGACACUGGCAGCACUACAGUGAAAAUAUGUUCUCUUUUGAGAUCGAGAAGGAAACUUUUGCCCUUAAACCGAUGAAUUGUCCGGGACAUUGCUUGAUGUUUGCCCAUCGUCCACGGUCCUGGAGAGAAAUGCCUCUUAGACUUGCAGAUUUUGGAGUUCUUCACCGAAAUGAACUCUCUGGGACUUUAAGUGGUUUGACUCGUGUAAGGCGCUUCCAGCAAGAUGAUGCUCACAUCUUUUGCACAAUAGAACAGAUUGAAGAAGAAAUUAAGGGCUGUCUUGAUUUCUUGAAGUCAGUGUAUGCUGUCUUUGGUUUUACCUUUCAACUACAUCUUUCUACAAGACCAGAAAAUUACCUAGGAGAGGUAGAGAUCUGGGAUCAUGCAGAAAAGCAACUUCAAAACAGCUUGAAUAACUUUGGAGAGCAAUGGCAUUUGAAUCCAGGAGAUGGAGCAUUUUAUGGUCCUAAGAUUGAUAUUAAAAUCAAAGAUGCUAUUGGCAGGUACCAUCAGUGUGCUACUGUCCAACUUGACUUCCAACUACCAAUUCGAUUUAAUCUUACUUAUGUCGGUAAGGAUGGCGAUGAUAAGAAAAGGCCAGUGAUUAUUCACAGAGCUAUUUUGGGAUCUGUGGAGAGAAUGAUAGCUAUUCUAGCAGAAAAUUAUGGAGGAAAAUGGCCGUUCUGGCUGUCUCCGCGGCAGGUCAUGGUUGUGCCUGUGGGACCUCUUUCUGAAGAGUAUGCCCGGCAGGUUUGCAGUGAAUUUUUUGAAGCAGGAUUUAUGUCAGAUGUGGAUCUGGAUCAAAGUUGCACAUUAAACAAGAAAAUUAGAAAUGCACAGCUGGCCCAGUAUAACUUUAUCUUAGUGGUUGGAGAAAAGGAGAAAGCGAAUAAUACUGUCAAUGUGCGAACGAGGGACAACAAAGUUCAUGGAGAGAUUUCAGUAUCUUCUGCUAUUGAAAAACUCAAGAAAUUUAUGAGUUCACAUAUUCCAAAUGCAGAGGAAGAAUUCUGA